AUGUUUCACGAGUUGGAUUCUUUAUGUCCUGCCGAUCGAGAUCUUUUCCAUCAUUUUGGUCACGGACUUCGUGUUGAACCUAGAUUCUCUUUGGUUCACCAAGCAUUCGAGGAUGUCGUUGACACCCGGCCGUCUCUAGUUGCUGCUGAACAUGAUGGCAACACUGUUACUUAUCAUGAACUCGAAAGGUUAUCCAAUGUCUUGGCUAACAACCUCAUCCAAAGUGGCCUUGAGCCACGGCAGCGCGUUUGCCUCGUUCUUCAGCGUUCUAUUGAUAUGGUAGUUGCAAUUCUUGCCGUAAUAAAAUGCGGCUGUCAAUACGUUCCUCUAGAUGGCGGAGUAGUGCCCGACAAUGUCAUGUCCCACAUCUUUGAAGACACACAAGCACAGUUUGUGCUCUGUCUUGCGAAAUUCCAUCACAAAGUCCAGCACUGUGCUGGCUCUACCACAACGAUCGUCGUAUUAGAUGCUCCUAGAGAAGAGAAGCGCUGCCCCAUCUCCACAGAAAGGCCAGCCGCCAACACGAUUAUAGCAACGCCAUCAGUUCUUCGAAAGCUGGUUAGAGCAGAAUAUCCUAACAUUCAGGUGGUGGCUUUAGCUGGAGAGCCGUGUCCAAAAUCGCUGGCCGAUGAAUGGGCAACGGAGGCCACUCUCUAUCACUGUUGCGGCCCAACGGAGGUUACGAUCGUGAACACUAUGCAUGUUCAUCAGCCAGGGCAUGAUUUGUCUAUCGGUCAGCCUGUGCCAAACACUGAUGUGUAUAUUCUUGAUGAAAACGAAAAACCCCUUCCAAUUGGUAGUAUCGGUCUCAUGUGGGCUGGUGGUCGCUGCGUAUCACGAGGUUAUCUGAAUCUACCAGAAGAAACGUCAAAGAAGUUCAAACUUAAUAAGUUUGUUAGUGAUGGGUCUUUUAUGUUCAACACCGGUGAUCUCGGGCGCUGGCGAGAUGAUGGCACCUUGGAAACCCUUGGGAGAAUCGAUGAUCAAGUGAAGAUUAAAGGAUUUAGAGUGGAGCUAAGUAGUGUGGCCACUGCAAUAGAGCAAACACCCGGUAUCAAUCGAGCCUGUGCAAUUCUAAAUGACGAAGUCCUCUGGGGAUUCUACUCUGGCCCAUCUUAUGUCGACGAGUUUGAUGUAAAGGCUGUGGUUAGUAAAUGUCAACCAUAUUAUGCCAUACCAAGUCAAUGGGUGUAUCGACUCGACCUACCCCUUACUCCAAAUGGCAAAAUUGACAAGCAAGCUCUUUUGGCUUCAAUACCUGUCAACCAAGAAAUGCAAUUAAUCGCCAACCCAACUCCAGCCAUUCUGAACGAUCCAGAUAAAUACCCCGCUGUCACGGCUAUUGAGUCCUCCGACACAGGAGCGAAUAAAUCCGAUUCGUCUACUUCAAGUAUGCAGGAGAAGCAUCCACUUCCACAAAAAUUCGGAACCCACGGAGCAAGGGCGCUGCGUUACCGAUUUUUCUCUCUAUACCGACGGUUCUUUUCAGUUGUCUUCAUAGGCAACAUGGUAGCGGUGAUUUACAUGAUCCAUCGUUACGCCGUCCAAAGGCCCGGCCUACCAAGUUUAGGAACUGCAACGGCGGCGAAUCUAUGCACCGCGGUCUUAAUGAGGCAGGACCACGUUGUCAACAUUUUAUUCACCCUCGCAUGCUCUGUCCCCACCUCGGCUCCCCUUUUCAUACGGCGCAACUGUGCCAAAGUAUACCAUAUUGGGGGUUUGCACAGCGGUGCUGGCGUUGCAGCGACUGCCUGGCUCUUGGUUUUCACCAUCGCAGCAACGAUUGAGUUCGCCCACCCAGCUGUUCUCGCCGUUUCAUACACACUCAUAGCGCUGCUUGUGGGAAUAGUUGCCUCAGCCCAUCCUACAUUCCGUGCUCGCUUCCAUAACCGGUUCGAGCUGAUCCAUAGGUUUGCUGGAUGGACAGCACUGGCACUGUUCUGGAUACAGACCAUCGUGUUGACCGACAGCUUGCGAGGCACCACCCCAUUAGGGAAAGCCCUGACAAACAGUCCCCGUUUCUGGCUUCUCCUCAUCGCCACCAGCAGCGUCGCUCUUCCCUGGCUGAAUCUCCGCAAGGUGAACGUACGCCGAGAUGUGCUCUCCGGCCACGCAGUCCGGCUCUAUUUCGACUACGCAACCCCUGUUGUAGGCACCGCCGUUCGAAUCUCCCAGCGGCCUCUGGUGGAGUGGCACGCAUUCGCCACCAUCGCAAAGCCCAACGAAAAGGGGUUCUCGCUCCUGGCCUCAAAUGCGGGUGACUGGACAUUAAACCAGAUCCAAAAUGGCCCUCCAAAGCUCUGGGUCAGAGGCGUCCCCGCAUGCGGCGUUCUUCGAAUCGCACCCCUCUUCAGGAGGAUAGUGUUGGUAGCCACUGGAUCUGGUAUCGGGCCCUGUCUGCCUGUCAUAUACGCCAAGAGAGUGCCUGCACGUAUAUUCUGGUCGACACCCCAUCCGGAGCAGAAUUUUGGGCCUGAGAUCAUCAAGGCUGUAUAUGAUGCGGAUCCGGACGCGGUGAUCCAUAACACGAAAACGAUGGGACGGCCGGAUAUGAUUGCCAUUUCGUAUCGGCUUUUGCAGGAGAGCAAUGCGGAGGCCGUGUGUGUCAUUUCGAAUAAGAAGUUGACGCAGAUGAUUGUGUACGGUAUGGAGAGUAGGGGUAUUCCUGCGUUUGGGGCGAUCUUUGAUUCUUGA